UUUUUCAAGGCCAUCGUGAUGGAACCUCUCGUGGAAAACCUCAAGAAACAACUCACAUGUUCAAUUUGUCUCGAGACCUACACAGACCCGAAAAUAAUAUCGUGCUUACACACUUUUUGCUGCAAGUGUUUAGAGAAACAUGCCAGAAAAAACCACAGACAAGGCAAAUUCAGAUGCCCUGAAUGUCAGGCAGAAAUCGAUUUACCAGAAGGCAAUCACUUUGACCGUUUGCAAACCAGCUUCAUCCAUAAUAGUUUGUUAGGUCUCCUUGAAACGGAAGAUCGCGAGGCAUUGCUGAAGCCGCCAUUUUGCUCGCAACACAAGAACGAAAGACUGCGAUAUUUCUGCUCUACCUGCGAAGCGUGUAUUUGUCCUGUUUGCUUAGCCGAAAACCACCGACGCCAUAAAUUCGACGUUAUUGAAAAGGUAGCGGAGGAGGAUACGAAAUUCAUCAUGUCGAAUGUCCAGACCAUCAAGGAAAAGGAAAACUUGUUACAAGAAGAGAUAAGGAAAUUUAAGAAAACCUCUAAGGAUGUAGAAAUGAUUAUCGCGAUUGCUAAACAAGAAGUGUCUAAGGCAGCUCAACACGUGAUCACAAAGACGCAACAGCAAGAAAAACAGCUCUUAGAGUCCUUAGAAAUGACGCGUAGAAAGAAAAUAGAGCAAAUUAACCCGGCUAAACAAGAACUGGAAUCGCUGGUAAAACAAAUACACCAAGCGGCUCAGUUUGCGGAAAAUCUCGUGCAAAGAGGCCCAGGCUGGGAUAUUAUAAAGACCAAGACAACUUUGAAGCACAAAUUUCAAGAGCUUUGUGGAGUUGAGAUUUCAAGGCAACAUCCAACAACAUUUGUCAAAUUUACCGCGGCAUCGCAACAAGACUUGAAACUGGGUUUUAUUCAACUCACCGAGAAACCGGCAAAAGCAGCUACAUCAACUGUAGAAGGACUGGAUCAAACUUUCCAGGCUGGUGUAGAGGCAGAAUUUACGUUAUGUCCAAAAACUGCAGAGGGAGAGAUUUGUAACCAGGCCGAUCUUAACGAUCAAGUUGAAUUGCUGAUAAAACCCACCAAAGAUGUCACAAACGUGAGCGUUGAAGAAAAAGGGGAAGGCAAUCUUAGGCUGAAGUUUACACCUGAAGUGCCUGGCGCCUACGACGUUGAAGUGAAGAUUAAUGGCGAAAAUCUUCCGACCUCUCCGUUCACUAUACCAGUGGAAGAACAUCAACUUGUUGUAGUCGGUGAAUUAGACUUGAAGUUCAACCAAGGGCAAGGGUUCAAGGGACCAAUUGGAAUCGCCAUAAAUAAGCAAGGCGACAUAGCUGUUGCAGAUUAUGAUGGACACUGUGUUUUUGUAUUCAAUAAAGAAGGGAAAUGUUUGGAACAAUUUGGAGAGAAAGGAAAACAUCCUGGACAAUUCACAAAUCCAGUUGAUGUAACAUUUUUAAACGACAAAGAAAUUCUUAUUGCAGAUCAAUUCAAUAAUAGAAUACAGCACAUAAAUAUCCAGACAGAAGUUGUUGUAAAAACCUUUGGAAAAAAAGGUGAGGGAAAAGGAGACUUUGAAACCCCACUUAGUGUUUGUGUUGACGAUACAGAACGUAUUGUUGUCACUGAAUACGAUAACAACAGAGUUCAAGUAAUGUCAAAAGAGGGCGAAGCUCUAUUCACAAUAGGAGACAGUGGUCCAGAGAAACUCAGCACACCAUACAGCUGCAUUCCUUACAAAAACAUUUUCCUGGUAACUGAAAGAGACAAUCACGUCAUAAAAGCAUUUGAUGCGUCAAACACUUUUCUAUACAAGUUUGGCAAAAAAGGGAAUCAAGAAGGACAGUUCAACUCACCCCGUGGCAUGUGUUUAGACGGCUCCAAAAACCUUCUUGUUUGUGACUCAGACAAUAACAGAGUUCAGCGAUUUUCUUUGGACGGUCGCUUUCGCGGCAAAACUACCGUUCCUUUACAAAGUCCACUGCACAUUGUAACAGCGCCAGAUGGACGUAUACUAGUCACAAGCCUUAAAGCUAAGAAAAUAUACAUACUGAAGUGAAUGUGAUACUAUUCUACGAAUCAUUCAAAUGCUGAAUGCCAGAGAAAAUUAAAAUCGAAUUAUUUUUAU